AUGCUAAGAAAAUGUCCACAUCAUGACAUUGCUGAACAUAUGCAAUUGUAUAUUUUUUAUCAUGGGCUAAAACCUUCUUCUCGAAAUGUGAUACAUGCAGCUGCAGGAGGUUCCAUUAUGGGAAAAACCAUAGAAGAAGCUUUUCAAAUGAUGAAUGAAAUAUCUGAAAAUGCCAUUCAAUGGUCAUCUGAUCGUGCAAUCAAUAAGAAAGUUGCUACUGUAAUUCAAGCAGAUGCUUUAAAUACACUAACUCAACAAAUUGCUUCUUUGGCACAAAAGUUUGAAUCUUUUCAGGAGAAUAAACAACAGCCAAGCCAAGCUGAGGCCUGUGACAUAUGUGGAGGAAACCAUCUAAACCAUGAAUGUCAAGAAAGCAACCAAAAUGAUGAGCAGGUUAAUACCAUCGGAUACAAGCCAUACCCUUUUGGUAGUCCAUUGGCACAAAAACAUCCAGGCUUUCAAUGGAGCAAUCCAAAUGGUGCUGAAAACUCCCAAAGCUUUCAAAAGCAACAGGUACAUGGUCCACCUGGAUACCAGAAUCAAAAUCGCGAGCCAUCAAAUUUCGGACCAUAUCAACAAAUAACUCCAUAUCAGCAGAGGCCGCAACAAGCACAUACGAAUCUUGAUGACCUUUUGUACAAGUACAUCAAAUCCACUGAUGAAAAAAUGGAAAGUCAAAAUUCAGCUCUAAAAAGUUUGGAAAUUCAGUUAAGCCAGUUGGCAACUCUUGUGUCCGAAAAGAUUCAAGGUCUCUUACCAAGCAAUACACAGAAAAAUCCAAAGGAGCACCUUAAAGCCAUCGCUUUACGGUCAGGUAAGAACCUUGAUGAACCUUACAAGGACAUCCAAAAAAAGAAUCAAUCAUUACAACAGAGAGAAAAUCUUGAUAGUCAAUUUGCCAAGUUUUUGGAUACUUUAAAACAAAUUCACAUUAAUAUUCCUUUUACUGAUGCUUUAUUACAAGUGCCUUCAUAUGCCAAGUUUCUCAAAGAAAUUUUGUCAAGCAAAAGAAAACUGGAAGAAGCUUCUGUGGUAGUACUUACCAAAAAAUGUAGUGCUAUACUUCAAAACAAACUACCACAAAAGCUCGGGGAUCCAGGUAGUUUUACAAUUCCAUGCACUUUAGGAGGAGUAUAUUUUGAAAAAUCACUUUGUGACUCUGGGCCUUCAAUAAAUCUAAUGUCGUUUUCUAUUUUUAGAAAAUUGGAUCUUGGUAAAAUAAAAACCACAAGUGUUUCUCUUCAGUUUGCAGAUCAAAGUACUAAAAAACCUAAGGGAAUAAUUGAAAAUAUUCUUGUAAGAGUUGAUAAAUUUGUUUUCCCUGUGGAUUUUAUAGUACUUGAAAUGCAGGAAUGUCCUGAUGAACCGAUAAUUUUGGGUAGACCAUUUCUUGCUACAGGAAGAGAAAUCAUAGAUGUCCAUCAAGGACAAUAA